AUGCUCCAGGGGUUGCGACGACUAUUUGCCUUGCAGGUCUUCAAGACUAGGUCCAGAGAAUCAAGACGCAGUAGCAGUGACGAAGGUGGCUUUGUUAAUGCCGAAGUGGCCGAGAUUUUGGUAAUGGUAACCAUUGCCACGAUUCUCAUGGCUCUCUCAUCACCUAUUCGAUUGCUCUCGACAGCUGUGAAGUCUGCUGCGGAGAUCAUCAUUGGGCUGCCGUCGAAGUUAUCUGGCAGUAGAACGCCAGCUAGCUGUAGGAAGGUCGGCACGAUGCUGAGCGCGAUGCUAGCCGAUAUGAAAGCCAUUAUCCGAAAUUUUAUUGAUCAAGGCCGCGAUCAUUUCGUCCACGGACUGCAAGGCCAUACCAUUGGGCUUGAUGACUCUAUCAACAACGUGUUUUGCAGGACGUUGGUGCUCGAGCAGAGGCCAAUGCACUGCAAGUGGAGUCCUGAGGACACGCAUAAUAAGCCAUAA